CACGGCGGGAGGCUGGCGCGGGUGAUUUGUGACGCGCUUGUAAUCGGGAGAUUACGAUUUUGGACCCCACCCCAUCCCUCUGCGAUGCACCCAGACUUCCAGAAGCUUUUCCGAUGUCCGGUGCAGAAUUUGCUGCAGGAUGGAUUUCUGGGGCAGCAGGGCUGGUUCUGGGGCACCCAAUCGACACGGUGAAGGUGCGGUUGCAGACACAGGCCAGAUACCAGAACGUUUUGGACUGUGUGGUCAGGACGUACCGUGAGGAAACGAUCCUUGGCUUCUUCAAAGGCAUGAGCUUCCCGCUGCUCAGCGUGGCCAUGGUGAACUCUGUUGCGUUUGGGGCCUACAGCAACUUCCUGCUCUACCUGUGCGGCACCCACCACCGCGAUCGCAGUGCCAACCCCCCCAGCUACACCCAUGUCUAUGCGGCUGGAUGCUUCUCAGGACUGGUGCAGGCUAUGGUCCUGGCCCCCGUGGAUCUCGUCAAAGUCCGGCUGCAGAACCAGACCCACCCGUACGGACGCAGAGACCGGCCAGGGGGCCCCCAGCCACAGUAUAGGGGUCCAGUGCACUGCGCUGCCAGCUUACUGCGGGAGGAAGGCCCCCGUGGCCUGUUCCGUGGGGUUACGGCGCUGGUGCUUCGCGACACCCCCAACAUGGGCAUGUACUUCCUGAUUUACGCAAUGUUCUGCAGGGCGUUGACUGCAGAAGCACAGGAGCCAGGCUCUGCCACGGUUCUGCUUGCCGGUGGCUGCGCCGGGACGGUUUCCUGGGCUUUGGCGACCCCGAUGGAUGUGGUGAAGGCUCGUUUGCAAAUGGACGGGGUGAAGCGAGUGGCGUAUCGAGGCAUCCUGGACUGCAUCCUCACCAGUGCCCGGCAGGAGGGCCCGCGGGUGUUCCUAAAAGGGCUGGCCCUGAACAGCCUCCGCGCUUUCCCAGUCAACGCCAUCACCUUCCUGAGCUACGAGACUCUCCUGAAGGUUCUCUGCUGAACCCCAGUUGCAUCCUCAGGAGGGGCUGGCAUUGCCGCCCUUCCUCAUCUUAUUCAGGGCUUUCGCACCAGCAUCUUGCAGCCCAGAGACUCAGGGCAGAGGUGGCGCCUAGCAGGCUGGGUGGGUCCUGGUCCCAAAGAAAGCUCAGAGACAUUGACCACCUCUGGGCAAACCAUAUAGCAAUUUAGACUCUUGGGCACAUCUGGCACAUUUGAGCAAGUGCUGUGGGCACCGCUGCCUCUGCUCACUGCUAUUCCCCCUCCUCUGGAAAAACAGAAAGAGAGGAAGUGGGUGCACUCGGAGUCAGAGAAUGGUAGAGUUGGAAGGGACCGCCAAGGGGCAUCUAGUCCACACACACACCCCCCGCAAUGCACGAAUCGCAGCUAAAGAAGGCCAUCCAACCUCUGUUUAAAAACCUCCAGGGAAGGAGAGUCCACCACCUUCUGAGGGAGUCUGCCCCGUUUUUGGACAGCUCUUCCAGUCAGAAAGUUCUUCCCAGUGUUUAGAUGGAAUCUCCCUUCUUGUCGUUUUGAAUCCAUUGGUUCGGACCCCACCCUCUGGAGCGGCAUAAAACAGUCUUGCCCCAUCUUCCAUGGGACAGCCCUUUAGAUAGUUGGAGAUGGUUCUCAUACCAUCUCCUAGUCUCCUCCUGGCUUCACAUCCUCAACUCCC